AGAUCGUCACCACUCUGAUGUUUGACUUCUGAUAAGAGGCACACUUGGCACCUACUCUCGUGUCUCUCCCGUUCUGGAAUUGCGACUGUCCGUGAACUCCUCUCGCCUCUGACUGCGUUGCUUGGAGCCUCCAUGUUGCGCCCAGGCCCGUGCCGGUAUCGCAUCUGAGCUCUCUAUCUAGGUCCGGGUCACCGCCGGGACAAACGUCAUGGCCGUCUUCAUGGACCUCGAGGACGACGCCGAGCCUCUAGAGCACCAUGCAUAUGCUCACCACCCGGUGAAGCCCGAGUGGACGCUCUGGACCCAUGGCCGGGACACCACCUCAACACCAGAAUCACAACAUCUACCGGCGGCGAGCGGUGGGCCCCCGGUGCCAUCGAGCAAUGGCUCCGCCAGCGAUGCAGACAUCAAGAUGCACAACUCAGACAGCUCUGAUGCCUCGUCGGUCCGAUCGGCUACGAGCCUCACCAACACCAGGAGCAAAGUGACAGACGCACUUGGUUGCUACCCUGUCGUCAUGGCCAUCGCCCGCUGCCUCGACCUUAACGCCAUCGACAACCUCUCACGCACCUGCCGCGCUGUCCAUGACUCCCUCCUCGAGUAUCGCAGCUCUGCCCUCACCCAUACAUUGCACUGUGUCAAUGAGGACCUCCCAAUCGAUCGCGAGAGCACGUUCCGAUAUCGGGCGCGCGCGGGCAACUGGUACUAUAUGCAGGAUGAUGCCCAGAUGCGCGCCGCUCCCGGCGCCGACGUCGCCAAGUCGGGCAGCUGUGCGCGUGACAUGGUUGCUGAGUGCCGUCGAUGCUCGACCGCCAUAUGCCGGAACUGCGCCAUAAAACCACCAGCUCCGAUCGUGCUGAAAGAGAGGCAUCGGCGGCUAUGUAUUCCAUGCACGAGGGCACCCCUGCCGCUGCUGGUGAAUCCUCCUCUCCGUGCAGAUACGCCGCUGUCCUCGGACCCCCUUCGCACUGCGGUGUGUCGCUGCGAGACCGACGGCGUGUGGCUUUGUCAGCCCUGCGGCAGGAGUAUCCGAGGCUCAGACAACGAUUAUAGGUCAAUAUGGAAAUGGCGCAACCAAUAUGGCGAAGUGCUCGGCGGCGUGGGCACCGGAAUCGGCGAAGGGGACCGCGGCGUGCCGUGCGGGCGUGAGUCCAAAUGCUGCAGCUCCAAAGAGCGCGAGCAGGAGACGGACUGCGACGCCGAGGACGGCCGCGCUGGCUCGUCCCAUGACAUCAGACUACAUCAUAGCAAUGGCAGCAGCUAUUUCGGCAGCUCCCCUUUGUCGUCGUCUUCGUGGUCAUCCACGCUCGCCCACCGACCCGGCCAUACUCAGAGCCAUGCCGUGAGUAGUCCAUGGGCCAUCCCAUCCACGACAUCAACAACAACAACAUCCGCGUUGUCCCCCGCCAGCGCCGCCACUCCUCCAUAUGCCGACAGUGUCGACCACCGGACGCCGUCGCCGCACUUCCGGCCUGGUUAUGCACGGCACGAGGUCGAGGGGAUCGGCGGUGUGGUGAAAUCCGUCGGCGUCAGACUCGUCCGCGUCGGCGCUUGCGUACCUGAGUGGGAGGACGAGAAGCACCGCGGUAUCGUUCUCGGCCGCGAGGUCAGCGGACGUAGUCGCAGCUGGUGCGGGUGGUGCUGGCGGGUGAUACCACGGAAUCAGGAUCGGGUGCUUGAAGGGCAAAAUGCCAGGGAAUAGCGCAGUCGGAAAAUUGAGAAAGCUCAGGACCCGGAAUCCCUGGAACCUGAAGGCAAGAUCUACGAAGACAUGAUCUCCACGAUGAGACAUGUUGGCUACUGAGAAAGCACCAUCCCGGACGGGGCUUCGUGCGUCCACAACCCGAGUACACGGAACUCGUCAACAUAUCUAACAGGAACGAUCGCCUGCACUGCGACGGAGAUAUAGCACCAUAGAAGACGGGCUUAUUUGCCUUUAGAGAAAGGGCUG